GAAAGAAAAAAUGAAUUCCCUUCGUGUCACUGCUAUAGCCUUGUGCUGUGUGGUGGUUGUGCUCGGAGCACUACCCUUCUCAGAUGCACAGCUAGAUCCCUCGUUUUACAAUAGUACAUGUUCGAAUGUUAGUUCAAUUGUACGUCAAGUGCUCUCAAAUGUUUCACAAUCUGAUCCUCGCAUACUUGCCAGUCUCGUCAGGCUCCACUUUCAUGACUGUUUUGUUCAAGGCUGUGAUGCAUCAAUCUUGUUGAACGACACUGCUACGAUUGUGAGUGAGCAAAGUGCAGGGCCAAAUAACAACUCGAUAAGAGGUUUGGAUGUUAUCAAUCAGAUCAAGACAGCGAUAGAAAACGUUUGUCCUGGCAUAGUUUCUUGUGCUGAUAUUCUUGCCCUUGCUGCUGAAAUAUCUUCUGAUCUGGCUAAUGGUCCUACUUGGGAAGUUCCAUUGGGGAGAAGAGAUAGUUUAACAGCAAACAAAACUCUUGCAAAUCAAAAUCUUCCAGCUCCCACCUUCAACCUAACUCAACUUAAAUCCGCCUUUGCUGUUCAAGGCCUCAACACUACUGAUCUAGUUGCACUUUCAGGUGCUCAUACAAUUGGCAGAGCUCAUUGCAGUGUUUUCGUGAACCGAUUAUACAAUUUUAGCGGUAAUGGCACUGCUGAUCCAACUCUAAACACAACCCUCUUACAAUCACUUCAAGUAAUAUGUCCCAAUGGUGGAAAUGGGACUAAUCUCACCAAUUUGGACCUAACCACUCCUGAUAUAUUUGACUCCAAUUAUUAUUCCAAUCUUCAGCUUGAAAAUGGUUUGCUUCAGAGUGACCAAGAACUGUUUUCCACAAGUGGUGCUGAUACCAUUAACCUAGUCAACAGUUUCAGUAGUAACCAAACUCUUUUCUUUGAAAACUUUGUGGCAUCAAUGAUAAAAAUGGGUAACACUAGUGUGCUAACUGGAUCUGAUGGAGAAAUCCGAACACAGUGUAAUUUUGUGAAUGGGAAUUCUUCUAGUUUGGCUACUCCAGUCACCAAAGAUUCAUCAGAGGAUGGCAUGGUUAGCUCAAUCUAAAUAAGUUAACAAAGGCUAUUGUGAAAAAUGAAAAGAUUUGAGGUAACUAAUAAAGAGUUCAAUAGGCCCAUAACAUGCUAUGUGCAUGUGAUGGAUCGUUGGAACCGUUGUACUUUAUGUU